GAGACAGGGAUGGCUGGAGGUACAGAGUACAGAGUACAGAAGCUGGUGAGUCUGGUGAGUCUGAGUGUUGAUUCCUCAGGCAGGAAUUAAGUGCUCCUUCCGUGUAUGAAAGAACGACCAACUCGACGCUCACCGCCGUUUCUCCCUUCCUCCUUCAGAUUCAUCAUUGCUAUUCGAUAUCCAUCUCUUAUCCAUCAGUUCUAUCCUAUUCCCGUCUGUUAUUGAUUAAUUCUAUCCAUCAUGGAGUCCUAUACUCCCCUGGAACCUGUUCUUCCCCCGACUCCGCAGACCGAGAUCUUCAGCGAGAUCCAGUGGAAAACCAUUCUAUCCCUGGCAGAUACCGUCAUACCGGCCAUCCGUCCAGCAGAGGCGGCUUCCACCGCGAGCUCUGAUCUUGCCCAGAAGAGUCUGUUGCUGCCGUCGGAGCAAUAUGUGUCUGCCCAGGCUGCACUCCGCGCCAGAAUUCCCGCGACGGAGGCGGCAAGUCUUGCGGAACAGUACCUCUCAGAGAACCCUUCGUCCAUUCCAGGCUUCCGAGACGCAAUCCAGUGCCUCUUUGCGAACAAUGUGCAUCCGGAGGGUAGGAAGGGGAUCACCUUCAUCCUGACGGCGCUGAAUACCCGAGCGGGUUCACUUCUUCUGACUGGUUCUACGACCAUGAUUUAUGACCAGCCGCUCGACGUGCGCGAGCAGAUCUUGAGUGGCUGGCGCUCCUCCCGCAUCCCGGCGCUUCGGGCGGUCUACCGUGCUUUGACCAUCAUGUUCAAGAAGACCUGGAUCUCAUUGUCGCCGACGCUGUUUCCCGUUAUUGGCUGUCCACGCGUCCCUGUGCACGGGAAGCCGGCCCUCGGAUUUGAGUAUGAGUUCCUGCAGUUCCCGCCCGGCGAUGAACCGGAGACUAUCCAAGCGGACGUUGUCAUCAUUGGCAGUGGGUGUGGCGGCGGAGUCGCCGCCAAAAACCUCGCGGAGGCGGGCCUUCGCGUCGUUGUCGUUGAGAAAUCAUACCACUACCCAUCAAAGUACUUCCCCAUGGCGCCCAGCACCGGGUCGACGCAUCUGUUUGAAAACGGCGGAGCCGUCAUGUCGGACGACGGAGUAACGGCCGUCGUGGCCGGCUCGACCUGGGGUGGCGGCGGGACCAUCAACUGGUCUGCUGCGCUGCAGACCCAAGGAUACGUGCGACAGGAAUGGGCGGAUGAAGGCUUGCCCUUCUUUACCUCCCUUGAUUUUCAGAAUAGUUUGGACCGCGUCUGCGAACGCAUGGGGGUUCAGUCCGAACACACGGUCCACAAUUACGGCAACGAGCUCAUCCUCGACAGCUCCCGCAAAUUGGGCUACGCUGCAUACCCGGUUCCCCAAAACACGGGUAAUGGUGAACAUUACUGUGGAUACUGUACAUUGGGGUGUGCUGCUGCUGCCAAAAAGGGCCCGACCGAAUCCUUCCUUACCGAUGCCGCCAAGGCUGGCGCCGUCUUCAUCGAAGGCUUCCGUGCAGACAAAGUGCUGCUCUCACCGCAGAAAGUAGCCACUGGUGUCAGCGGAACAUGGACCUCUCGUGACUUACACCUGGGGAUCUCUGGCCAGAAUGCGGUCGAGCGUCAGGUCAUUAUCCAAGCCAAGAAAGUCAUUGUUUCCUGUGGAAGCCUGUCCAGUCCUCUUCUCUUGUUGCGCAGCGGCAUCAGGAAUUCUCUGAUUGGUCGGAACCUCCACCUCCAUCCCGUCGCGUUGGGAUGCGCAAUAUGGGAUCAAGAAGUUCGCCCCUGGGAAGGAUCAGCAUUGACCACCGUCGUCACGGAAUUUGAGAAUCAAGACGGCCACGGGCAUGGCGUCAAGAUCCAAGCUUGCACGAUGAUGCCGUCGAUUUUCCUACCUCUGUUGUCCUGGCGGGACGGACAGCAUUACAAACGAUUCUGUUCCGAUUUCGCCCACGCGACCAGCUUCCUCACUCUCACCCGGGACCACAAUUCUGGCCGGGUAUAUCCGGACCCCGUCGAUGGUCGGUGCCGGAUCGACUACACGCCCUCGGCGUUAGACCGUCGACAUAUCGUCGAGGGACUCAUUGCGUGUGCCAAGAUCGCGUACAUUGGCGGCGCCAAGGAGUUUCACACCACAUACGAAGACAUGCCUCCCUUCAUCCGCCCCGAUUCGUCUCCCAGUCCGGCCGAGGGAAGCGAUGGCGAAGGUGCGAACAAUGCUGCGUUGCAAGCAUGGAUUGCCACGCUGCGCAGCAAAUCACCGCUCAACCCGGAAUUCGGAUCUUUUGCCAGUGCGCACCAGAUGGGCACCUGUCGCAUGGGGAGCUCAGCGAGGAACAGCGUCGUGGGACCGGACUCCCAGGUCUGGGGUACCGAGGGGGUGUAUGUCAUGGAUGCCUCGGUGUUCCCCAGCGCCAGCGGCGUGAAUCCAAUGUUGACCAACAUGGCCAUCACCGACUGGGCGAGUCGCAACCUGGCCAAGGCGAUGACCUCGGCUGUGUCUUCACGAUUGUGACGUAUACCAUACUAGUUAGCUUAAGUAUACCAAUAAUGAAUAAAGGUUCUAUAUGACU